AGCAUUCGUUGAGCCGCAUGAUUGUUUAGAACCUCUCGGUGACUCGGAGGCUUCUGCUCCGUAUACGACGUCGUUCGGUAGACUGGUUGCCUCUCCUUAAUCGAGAUCUCCGAAAGGAAGAGGAGAGAAAGGGGAAGGUAUGGCAGGAAGAUUGAGCGGCGUAGCGUCACGGAUCAUGGGCGGAAACGGCGUUAUCGCCCGAUCCGUCGGUUCUUCUAUUCGCCUACGAGCCGGAAUGGGCCUCCCCGUCGGCAAACACAUCGUCCCCGACAAGCCCCUUCCGGUUAACGACGAACUUGUCUGGGACAACGGCACCGCCUUCCCUGAACCUUGCGUUGAUCGGAUUGCUGAUACCGUCGGAAAGUAUGAAGCAUUGGGAUGGUUGUGUGGAGGUCUAGGGUUCUUUGCCACUCUGGGUCUGGCCGCUGUGUGGAACGACAAGGCUUCCAAGAUUCCAUUCACACCGAAAGUUUACCCGUAUGACAACCUGAGGGUUGAGCUGGGUGGAGAGCCUUAGAAGCAUCUCCCUCACAAUGAAGACUUGUGCUUUGAACAUAUAUAUAGACGAAGAAUAAAAGGGUCUUUCCUUUCCUUGUCAUCCCAUUUCCAAACUCUGUGUGCUCUUCUUUGUUUGUUUCUUCUGCCGCCGGUCUCAGAAGAGAAGAUACGUAUCGCACAUUGCUUCUGCAUCGUACUACUAUUACUAUGCAUUGGAUUCCCACAACUCACGAUUUGCUGCCGUGCUCCUAGAUCUAUGAGUUCGCUUCAGAUUUUUGUUUGCCCUAAGUUUCGGAAAUAAGCAUUUUUCUUUUAUAUUCUCCAAGUUUUCAGAAUUUUUUUUUCAGCGCCAUUUCUGAAAUGAAUUCAGUGGAUUAUUCUUUA